AAACAAACUUUUUUAUUUUAUUCUAUUUUCUAUAUAUAAUCUCACCUAUCACACAUUGCCCGUACUAAGAGAUUUUCAAAUUUCCAAGUUUCCUCCCCAGCAUCUCAUCACCUUCUUCCCAUACCUAGCCCCUCUUAGUCGUUGUAUUCCUACAGAUCCCAGGCUGCCCGUAUUCUGUACGGGUGCCGUACGCAUAAACCCCAGCUCUUGUCACCAGCUGCCAGGAUGAAGUACGUCUUGGUCAGUGGCGGUGUCAUCAGUGGCAUUGGAAAAGGCAUAAUAGCAUCUUCCUCUGGGCUUUUACUUAAGACGACUGGACUCAAAGUCACGGCUAUUAAGAUUGACCCAUACCUAAACGUGGAUGCCGGCACGCUAGGUCCGCUCGAGCAUGGCGAAUGCUUCGUCCUCAAGGAUGGAGGUGAAUCCGAUCUUGAUCUCGGAAACUACGAACGUUAUCUCAACCUGAAUCUCACGAACGAGAAUAACAUCACAACCGGCAAGAUCUACAAAGCCGUGAUCGAACGGGAACGGAAGGGCGAUUACAUUGGUCGUACCGUCCAGGUCGUGCCGCAUAUUACGGACGCCAUCCAGGAGUGGAUCCAGCGUGUAGCGAAGAUACCCGUCGACGAUAGUGGCGAAGAGCCUGAUGUCUGUAUUAUUGAACUAGGUGGUACGGUUGGCGACAUCGAGAGCAUGCCCUUCGUUGAGGCAUUGACCCAAUUCAGAUACAAGGUUGGCAAAGGAAACCUUGUCAACAUCCACGUGUCUUAUGUGCCCAUCAUUCAUGGAGAGGAGAAGACAAAACCUACGCAGCACGCUAUCAAACAGAUGCGAAGUGCAGGGUUGAUACCAGACUUAAUUGCCUGUCGUUGUGAGCGUGCUCUUGAUGAGGUUACGACCCAGAAGAUAGCCCGGAGCUGUCAGGUUGAGUUCAAACAGGUUCUUACGGUUCGCGAUAUAGAAACGAUUUAUAGGGUUCCGCUUCUACUCGAGGACCAGGGACUACUUGAACGUCUACGCGAGGCCUUGAUGCUAGACGAAUUAUCCCUCCCGCCGACUAUGGUCAACAAAGGUGCACGCUUAUGGCAACUAUGGAAGAAGACCGUUGUUUCGAAGCCAUAUCUUGAGCCGGUAAACAUUGCUUUGGUUGGAAAAUACAUAGCACUCCCUGAUAGCUAUCUCUCCGUAAUCAAGGCCCUCGAACAUUCGGCGAUGCGAUGCAACCGGAAACUGAACCUAGCUUGGAUCGACGCGGAACAUUUAGAAGAUGCCACUUUACAGAUCGAUCCCACAACAUACCAUAAGGCUUGGUCUCAACUAACCAUUGCCUCCGGAUGCAUCUGCCCGGGUGGGUUUGGUGGCAGAGGCGUUCCGGGCAUGGUCAAGGCUGCGAAGUGGGCUCGGGAGUGCAAAAUUCCUUACCUGGGCAUAUGCCUUGGAAUGCAAGUCGCUGUUAUCGAAGCCGCGCAAAAUCUCUGUGGCUACAAGAACGCUACCUCGGAAGAGUUUGAUGCUCAGGCUGAGCAUCGCGUGAUCAUAUUCAUGCCAGAAGGGUCAAAAGAGAUAAUGGGCGGCACAAUGCGCCUGGGCACGAAGACUACUUAUUUCCAACCGGGGAGUGAGUGGAGUAAGCUCCGAGCGUUAUACGGAGACGUCGACGAAAUGGAGGAGCGGCACCGGCACCGCUACGAAGUUAACCCAGACUAUGUGGAAGAGCUUGAGAAGGCCGGCCUAAAUUUUAUAGGAAAGGAUGAAACAGGCAAGCGCAUGGAGGUGGUUGAGUUGAAGGACCAUCCUUUUUUUGUCGGGGUUCAGGCGCACCCCGAGUUUACUUCACGUGUUCUCGCUCCGUCGCCUACAUAUCUCGGUUUCGUAGCCGCCACUACAGGCUGCCUCGAUGAGGUCAUACAAGACAUACGACAACAGAAGCACACUGGCAAGCUUGUCAACGGCGUAGACGAAAGCGUCCAUUUCUGAUGAUGGGGUAAAUUUUAUAAAAGGGAAA